AUGGCGUCAGAAAGUACUAUUCAUAGUGGACCUCAGGACAUUGCUAUCAUACGGGCAACAGUGGACGACGUUCCGGCGGUCCUCCAUCUCCUAGAUACCGCAGUCAAGUGGCUGGUAUCGCAUGACAGAACUGGGCAGUGGGGAGCAGGACCGUUUUCAGAGAAUCCACGACGUGCUGAACAACUCAAGGAAUUUGCAACAACCGGUCAUGGCCUUUGGCUCGCCGUCAAGGUUGCUGAUGGCACGCCGAUAGAUCAAAGUCGACCGUCCAAUAUACUCCCCAGAACUGUGGACGGAGAAGCUCCAGGAUCUAUCAUAGGAGCACUUGCUGUUGGAGAGAGGAUGCCUUAUGUGGCACCUGUCUCUGAGCCUGAGCUUUACGUGCGAUUAUUAGUCACAGACCGACAAUGGGCUGGUAACGGGAUUGGCAAACGUCUUUUGGAGCAUGCGCGCAACCUCGCUAACGGGGCUGGAGCCUCUUUACUGCGGGUGGAUUGCUAUGCUGGUGGCGAUGGGAAGUUGGUCCAAUACUAUGAGUCUCAGGGAUUUAAGCGAUUCGAGACCUUAAAUAUCGAAGGACAGUGGCCUUGUCAAGUGCUUGCUCAGCAUUUACAUGAGGUAAAGGGAGAAUAG